CCGUGCACAACUAAAACGACGAACAAUGACUGGAACGGCGCGUUUUCUUUAAGCAUCCACUUCUCCCGCCGCGAAAGUUGCAGAGACCGAGAAGUUCUCCAGUUGAGUCGAGUCGCAUCGCACGAGUCUCCAACGUCCCGCGUCGUCGACGCCAAUCGGGUUCACUCCAACAGCACUCAUUCUCCGAUGAGUAUCCCAUAAAUAUGGGGGGGAACUAUUCACCGCGUCGGAAACCGAACCCUAACUCUGAUCCUGCCGUCCCGAUCACCAACACCAAGAAGAGGACGGCGGCGGUGGCGACGACGAAGAGGAAGAGCGGCUUUGAGUUCUGCAAAGUCUGCAAGCUCAAUCAUGAUAAAGGACAGCGUCACAAGUACUUUCCGAACCACAAAAGAUCACUCUCCGAGUACCUCAAUCGGUUCCUCUCCAAAUUGGACGACGUUCGGUACUUUCUCGACAACCCUAGCCCGCUUCGCCCCGAGCACGUUUCUCGCAAUCGGUUAUGGUGCGUCUUCUGCGAUAUCGACGUGGAGGAGCUCGAUAGUUCGUUUGCCUGCGGGAAUGCAAUUAAUCACCUAGCAGGUGCAGAUCACCUUAAGAAUCUGAAGCAUUUUAUUUGGAAAUAUGGUGGUGCAAUGGACCACCUGGACGAUUUCAGAAUUUUGGAUGACGAUGUAGCUAAGUGGGAAAAGAAAUGCGAGACAUUGAAGAAAGAAGUCGCAUUAUCUGGAGAAGGAUCUCAUGGACCAAUAUGUGUACUGUCAAAUGAUAUCCAAAAUGAACAGAACUAUGGGAUUGUCGAGAAUUUUAGUAAUAAUUCUGUAUAUCAUCGUCAUGAAAACUUUUUGAAUGCUGUUAUGCCUUUACAAUAUUAUACAAAUGAGUAUCAGAUAUCUCAAACUGGACCUAAUGGGGUUCCGUACACUUGUGGUGCAUCUCACACUUCCACCUUUUCAUUGCCCAUGGAGAAAGAUCCUGAAGUAUUUCUCCAGAGCUCUAGUGGUUCAACAGGGAAUGGAAGUAUGCGGUGCUCCAGUCUCUAUCGAGAUACGAACAAGAACUUUGUUUCCAGUGGUUUCAUUGGUGAUAGUGUUGGAGGGAUGAUGAAUGGAGACAGCAGCUAUCAAGGUCUGCAGCUGCUCACUGAGAUUUCUUCGUCAUCUCAAGGGGAUGUUCAAGGAAAUGUGCAUUCUGGAGCACCACCUCCUUGGUUGGAUGCUUCUGAAAAAAGUCAGACAGACAACCACAGACAGCUGCCAUCAGUUAGCCUAAUUUCUCCCUCUAAUAAGCCAGGAAAGUCCAAGAAGCUAAAUCCUAAAAGGGUGGGCGCUGCUUGGGCUGAAAGGAGAAAGAUUGAGAUGGAGAUGGAGAGAAGAGGAGAAAUAAUUAAGAACUGCAAUGAUGCUGAAUGGCUUCCAAAUUUUGGCCGUGUUUGGCAGGCAGGCAGUCGAAAGGAAUCAAGAAAAGAAUAUGAGAUGGAGAAAAGAAAAUUGCCUAGUGUUGAAACUCAACCUGAGAUGCCGACAGAUGUACAGCCAUACAUCAGCAAGCGAAUGCGCAGAGAUGUAAGCAAAUGAGAUUUGGUUGAUCUUGGCAGUGUAAAUAUAUCUGCGAUGCUUCAGAUAUGUUCAGUAUGUACAGUUUUCAACAUAUUUGCAAGCUUUCAGUUGGACAAAACCUUUCAAGGCUGCAGUAGUCUGACAAAUUUUGGUUUGUGUCUGGGCAUUUGCAACUAUUACAUCUUAUUACUCUUGAUUGAGGUGUCCAUGUUUUCACUAUGAAUCAAGGAAUUAUCAAAAUUGACUUUUGUUGUAUUGUCAUGAGAUUUAGGGCCAUACUGUUCCUUCUCUUGGA